AUGACUGGAAGGCUGAGCGGAGUUGCAACAAGAAUAAAAAAAGUUGCCCCAUUAUGUAAAACUAUGCAUUGCCUGAUUCACCGGCAAGCAUUAGCAUCUAAAAACAUGCCUAAAAGUUUAAAAUUAGUUCUUGAUAGUGCUGUAAAAAUCGUAAAUCUAAUCAAAGCCAGACCUCUCAAUUCAAGACUAUUCACAGUAUUAUGUAAUGAAAUGGGCAGUACUCAUAAAUCCCUUCUUCUCCACACAGAGGUAAGGUGGCUUUCACGAGGAAAAGUCCUCACCAGGCUAUUCGAGCUAAGGUCAGAAAUUUUAUUACUUCUGACUGAUAUUGAUGAAGAAAAGUCCAAAUUGUUUUGUGAUGACGAAUGGCCGUCAAGACUAGCUUACAUGGCUGACAUAUUUGAUCGUUUAAAUAUUUUAAAUUUAAGUCUGCAAGGUUCAAACACAAACAUGUUUUAUGCUAGUGAUAAAGUUAAUGCAUUUGUGAGAAAGUUGGAUUUAUUUAUUUCUCAAGUAUCUAAGAAUGAUCUUUCAGCAUUCGAGACACUAAACACAUUUUGGAAAAAUAACGAAAUUCAGCCAAAUUCAAAUAUAAUUACAGACAUUUCGGAACACUUGCAAUUACUAAAAUCCAAUAUUUUACAAUAUUUUCCAGAGGAUAACUCAGAAAUGAAAUGGAUCAUAAACCCUUUCGAAGAUGAUUAUAUUAAAAACAUUCCAGAAGGUAUUUUGGCAAAAGAAUUAUUUAUUGACUUAACCAGUGACUCUACCCUAAAAACCGCUUUCAAAACCAAAAAUAUCACUAAUUUUUGGCUGGACGUGAAACAAGAAUACUCGGCAUUGUCCACACAAGCUUUACAGUUUCUAAUCCCUUUUGUAUCAACAUAUCUGUGUGAAAAUACAUUUUCUCACUUAUUGUACACAAAAAAUAAAUAUAGAAGUAGAUUAAACGUAGAAAAUAAUUUAAGACUUAAAGUUAGCAAUUUGGAGCCCGAUAUUGACGUCAUUGUCCGUUCAAAACAACACCAAUCGUCUCAUUGA